AUGUUAUUAACUUUCAAAGUUUUAACAAAAUCUCAGACGCUACGACUAACGACAUGUUCACUAUUGAACGGUAAAGCUUUAAAUCUCCCAUUAUCAACCCGGUUCCCUCGUCAUUUGUCCACAAACACAAUUGCCGCCGAACAAAAUCGUAUUGAUAUAAAUGGUGCCUCAUUUGUUGUGGACAACUGGACCAAUGUUACACCUAAGAUACUCUCGUAUGUGGGCAUGCAAAAACACCUGCAAACAAAUCAUCCACUCUCCAUCAUCCGACAGCGUAUUGUCAACUACUUCUAUAAAUCCUAUAAGACAUCCCGAGGAAAUCCUUUAUUUUCCGUCUAUGACAAACUGAACCCGGUGGUAACGGUUCAACAAAAUUUCGACAAUCUGCUGAUACCAGUGGAUCAUGUAAGUCGUAACAAAUCGGAUUGUUAUUAUAUAAAUAAAAAAUAUUUGUUACGAGCCCAUACCACAGCUCAUCAGGUGGAUUUGAUAUCAAGUGGUUUGGAUAAUUUUCUGGUUGUUGGUGAGGUAUAUCGAAGGGAUGAAAUUGACAGUACCCACUAUCCGGUAUUCCACCAACUGGAUGCUGUACGUUUGGUAACGAAAGAUAAGCUGUUUGAGCGCAACCCCGACUUGGAAAUAUUUGAAAAUGAAUGGCGUGAAAUUGAGGGAGGCAACAAACAGCAGCAGCUGAUACAUUCAUCUUCCAAAUGUUUGGAUCAAUCCAAACAGCCCUGUCACACAUUGGAAGCUGUCAAGCUAAUGGAACAUGAAUUGAAACAGAUACUGCUGGGAUUGGCCCAAGAUUUAUUUGGUUCAAAUAUUCAAUAUCGCUGGGUCGAUACAUAUUUCCCCUUCACUCAGCCCUCCUGGGAAUUGGAAAUAUUCUAUAAAGAUAAUUGGUUGGAGGUGUUGGGUUGUGGCAUUAUGAGACAUGAAAUUUUACAGCAGUCGGGUGCGCACAACUCGAUUGGUUAUGCCUUUGGUUUGGGUUUAGAACGUUUGGCCAUGGUACUGUUCGAUAUACCCGAUAUCCGUCUGUUUUGGUCAAAUGACAGCGGCUUUUUGUCACAAUUUAGUGAAAAGGAUUUAUAUAAAUUGCCAAAAUACAAACCUGUAUCCAUGUAUCCUCAAUGUAAAAAUGAUUUAUCAUUUUGGUUACCGUCGGGAGUGGAUGUUGAUGCCGGAUUUGUGCCAAAUGAUUUCUAUGAUUUGGUACGUUCAGAGGCGGGAGAUGUUGUGGAGCAGAUCAGUUUGGUUGACAAAUUCAAACAUCCCAAAAAGGGCCUAACCAGUGUCUGCUUUAGAAUUGUCUAUCGCCACAUGGAACGUACCUUAACCCAGGCCGAGGUCAAUGAAAUCCAUAAACGUAUUGCUGAUGCUUGUGUUAAAAAUUUCAAUGUAGUUAUACGUUAA